AUGAAGACAAAAGACAAGAAACGAAGCUCGCAUGUGAGAAGGAGAAAACUGUUCUCCUUGAGCACAUCAUACCACUCGGUGGAGCACGACGAUGAAAGUUGUGGCGAUAAUGGAGGUCUGCUUCAACAACAACAACAAGAAUCAUCGCAAGAACCGAUGGUGGUUUCUAAACUGCACAACACAAAGCUAUCUAGUCCAGAGCACCCUCAAUUCUUCAGCAAAGAUGAAGAAAUGUGCCCUUCUUCGCCAGAUGGCUUCUUUGACUUGAUUGGUAAACGCAAUUUUGAUUUUGCAAGCAAACCAAUCGAGGAAAACGACCCCUUUACAAGAACUCAAACUGCCCCAAUCGUUGCUGGUGGCAGCAAGACAAAAGAAACAAUUUCGGUUGAGCUUACUCAACAAGCCCAAACAGAACCGAAAAAGAGGCACAGUUCUCUGUGCGAAUGGCCAGAGGAUAAUAUGAAUGAAGACCUCACAGAAGAAGUCUGGCAGGAAUCUAGUACUGCACAGCCCAAUGGGGUUGCGCAUCCAUUGACCAGAAAUGUUGCUCCGGCAAAGGCCCCAACACCAGAAUACGUCAUUACAGGUACCAUCGAGUUGAAGACAGCCGAUCAACCCUCUGGCAUUACAUUUCAAAAGACGGAUAAUAUUUGCCCACUGAAGAUCCAAGGAUUCUCACCCUUCAGUCAGUUCAAGACCAAGACCAAUUUGAAGCCAGGAAUGGUCGUUUUGGAAAUCAAUGGUCGUGAAAUGACUUGGGAGUCUACAAAGGAAGCCAUUGUGGAAAUCAAGAAGGCAAAACCUGGCAGGGUCACCAUCAUGGCGAUUGCACCAAGUAAGAUAACGAGUGCGCCCAAAGCUGUGGCAGAUAGAAUUGCAAACCCGCCCAUCGCUUUGAAGAAGCAAGAGAACAAGUUUCCUGCCAAGAAGUCAAUUGAAGCUACCAAUAUCUGUACCAAGCCUCCAAAGCCGCCAGUGGUGCAAAAGAAAGAUCUGCAGGUUGACGUUGACGAUGAUGAAUCACGAAUCAAGACCCCAAUCAAGACGUCAAGCGAAGGAAAAGUAUCUGAGCAAACACACUAUCGCGACCCAUCGUUAAUGAUGAUGGAGUCAACGGUAACAGAAGCAACAGAAGACGAUUUCGUCCCAAUGAUCGAUGUGAAGAAAGGUGGUCCAUCGUUCAAGCAACUGAAUCCUUCGUUUACGCGAGUGGAUUCGGCAAUGACAUCUGAUACUGGGGUCAGCAGUCCAAAACGAACAACACCCGUGCCCCUCUUGGGACAAGUCAUUAAUGACGACGACGAAGAAGAUGAUGGCAAUAAUGACGAUGAUGCCGUGGAAAUGGAUGUGGUGUAUGUAGGCGAGUCUUAUUCGGAUGACGAAGAAGAAGACGAGGUUGUCCUUCCAGAAGAAGGAGCAGCGACAAAGGAAUCGUCAUUGAGUCCAAAACAACCUCCUACGCCCAAGCAAUCCAACACGACGGCGGCAAGUGGGGGGUUUGGUAGCAGCACUACCAACAACUACAACAAGCCACCGCUACCGUAUCGCAAUGGAACGAGAGCAACAAAAGUAUCCCAUGAAGAUCCUCCAAUGGCAGGUACACAAGAGCCAUCAUCUAGAAGUACCAGCAGUACUUUAAAGGAAGAAUCGUCAUCAUCAUCGGCCAGAUCAUCAAGGAGCAACGAGAAGAAGAAGGAGACGGACACAAAACCCAAAAAGAGGAUAUCGGUAGAGACGGUUUGGGAUGACGAAGAAGAAGAAGACGAAUCAAGUCAGGGAAUCUUUUGCCACGCCAUUGGUGGUAUUCAUGUUUCUCCAAUGCUGACGACCAUGAAAGACAUUUCCACUUUUGCCAACCGCUUUACGGAGCGCAUGCCGUCAUGGGUGAGGGUACUAUGUCACGAGUAA